GAGGAGGAGACUCAGGACGACCUGGAGAUCAUCAACGACGCCAUACACAUGAGCGGCGGCGACGAAGAUGAGGACGACGAAGAGGAAAUGACGGACAGAGAGCGGGGCGAGAAGAUCAUAGACAUUCUCAUUCCCCCGAGCGAAUGGGAGGAGGACGGAGAAAGAUGGAUACAAAGGGUAUCACGGGCGCCUCCCAGCAGAACAGCUGUUAUACAACUGUGGGAACAGCUCGACCUCAAAAUCCGAGAGCAGCAGGCCAGAACGCGGGGCAUUUGUGCCAUUCGUGGCGCCCUCUAUCGAGAAUGCUUCGACGAACUUAUUCGGCAAGUGACGCUAGACUGUCCUGAACGUGGAUUGCUUCUGUCAAGAGUGCGUGAUGAGGCCAACAUGACCAUUGCGGCUUUCCAGUGCCUUUUCGAGAGCGCGUCUGAGUUUGGCGCCACAAAAGCCAUUCAGUCUGAGAGCGGCAAGUGGGAGCUGGAGGGCGAGCUGCGGGAGCUAGAGGAGCGAGUAGCGGGCCUGGAGGCGGAGGUGCGGCGCCUGGAAGCUUGGAAGAGGCAGGUGGUGCGGCGAUGGGAGGAGCGUCGCGAGGUGCAGAUGACGCUCUUCACCGAGGAGCUCGAGUGCCUUGAGAGGUCGGAGAAGCAGUAUCAGGUCCUGAUCGAAACCUUACUUGCCAGUAGAAAUUCCUAGAACAUUUCUAUAUUUGUAAUAUUCGAAAUAACACAAAUGCACUGAAAUCUAGUACGUCAGUGUAAACUACGUAAAAGAAAAUGCCAUGAACCAGUAACUAAUUUUGUGCACUGUUCUGAUAUUUGCUACCAUCUAAAAUAAAUGGGAACCGUCCACAGAAUACUACUGUAAAGGACGCACAGAGUUUUAGCAACUCUUCAUUUUGUCGUUGCAUCUGCAACUUAGCAUCUCUGCUGGCUCCAGCCCAUUGUAUUCCUUUUGAAUCCAGAAACCCAAUAACUGUCCUGUUUAGUGAAUCACCGAAGGGUCAUCAUUUCUGAAGAUUGUAGUGACCUCAUGCAAACAGUUUCUUAUAGCCUAGACUACUGUCCUUGCACUUCUUAAUCCACAAUGGGUGAGGACGUCUUAAUACUUGUAGGUCUUAAACUAAAGAAGAAGGGCAUGACAUUCAACUGUUGAUCCUUAAAUUGUGUAUUUUGGUUGUCUCAAGAACCGAACACUGAUUAAGAUGGGAGCUGGCAGCGUGUUAUGAGCUUGGCUGAAGGGGCGGUAGCUAACUUCAACUUUUCCACUUCCCCAACUUCCAAGUUGGCAUAACCUCUUAUUUGGUCGGAACUGGAUAUGCAAGGGAUGCAUCAUUCAGAAUCGGCGAAGCGGGCCUGGUAAGUCUAUAAUCAGCUAAGAAUUAAAUACUCAACUGCACAAAAUAAUAUUAAUAUAUAUUUCAAUUAAUGAUUUUUAAAUAGAUAAUGUAUCUAAAUCCUUAUAUUUUUGUGCUUAUUAUUUUUUACACGGAAAUUCAUUUGAGAGUACCCGUGAUGUCAUUAUGCGUGCGUCUUCUAAGUUCCUCAAAUACCCAGGAGCAUUAGGGAAAAAUAUAGGGUUUUAGUGCAAUUAGAUAAAAGUUGAAACUUUGCACACAUGUAAAGAUGUGUGACCUGAACAACAUUACGUUAGCUGCCAUAUUGGAAUUCUCUUAAAAUUAUUAUUAUUAUUAUUAUUUUUUAAAAUAUAAAAACACCACUCAAUAACUGAUUGUUUGUUGAUAGCACUAAUUUAUUUCAUAAAGUUAAGCAAAUAUAUAUAGAAAAUAAAAUAAUUGAAACUGAAGUAAAAAGUUUAUUUUCAAAGACA